UCUGGCAAUUUUGCAACGAAUCUUACUGAAACUAGCAUCAACUUUGUAAAAUUGUCAGACAUUUUACAGUAUAUUCACUGAUUUCUGUGGUUAAUUUAUAAUCUAAUACGAGAUUAAGUUAAAGUCCAAGAAAUAAACAACGAUUCUCUUUGAUCGAAUUCCUGAACGUCGGAAGAAUAUUCCGAAGAAACCGAACAACGAUCCAGGAGACCUAAUCUUUCUAAUCAACACGAAGGCAAGAUAAAUAAGUUCGUUCUCUUGAAUUUACACUUUGAUGUUGGCUAGCGGUUUUGAUCCAAUAUCCGCCUGUCAGCACUUUCAUUACGUGCCUAUCGUGAAAUUUGAGGAUCAAGGAUCGACGCAGAUCACUUGGUUCCCGUGAACAAGCAAAUGAGAAUGUCACUUUGAACCCGUGCAAUCUCAGUCAAAGGAUUCGAAGAUGCCGCAGCAGCAGCAACGAUCGGCCUUCGCGAUUCAAGAGCUGCUGGGCCUAGAUGGUACCGGAAAUAGAAGCGGAACCGAUCGCGGGGGAUCCCCGCAAAGUUCGCCGCCCGCCGGUGUCUCGGCCGUUUCCUAUGCCCCAGCUGCGCCUCAUCACUCAAAAUUAUGGGAAUACAUGCCCAGUUUAAAUCAUUUAGGCAAUCUGGGGAAUCUGGGAAAUCUGGGCAAUCUGGGCAAUCUCACGGCCUCAAGGAUGGCCUACCUGAAUGCGCAGGCGGCCGUGGCGGCUGCCUUUCUGCCGCCACCCCAUCCACACCCAGCCCACCACGUACCGCAUCAUCAGGUACAUCAAUCGGGCCAACUUCCGGCAUCGCCGCCCGGCGUCAACCUGCAUCCUGCGGCACAUGCGCAGCAUGUACUUCCCGGUACGGCUGUAACUACGAAUCAUCAUCAACACAGCCCGACUCAACACACACCACCUCAUGGAUUUUCGCAAUCAAAGGGAUCAUUUCCGAACACGAGUCCAGGUGUCGGACACAACAUAGAAUCUGGGAAGGACUUCACAGUGGACGGACUCUCGGGUUUCAGCAAAAAGAAAAAGAAAAAGCGUCGUCAUAGGACGAUCUUCACGUCACAGCAGCUGGAGGCGCUGGAGGCAGCCUUCAAGGAGGCCCAUUAUCCUGACGUCUACGCUCGCGAAAUGCUAAGUCUGAGAACCGAUCUACCUGAAGACAGGAUACAGGUAUGGUUUCAAAAUCGGAGAGCAAAAUGGCGCAAAACGGAGAAAUGUUGGGGCAGAAGUACUAUAAUGGCAGAAUACGGUUUAUAUGGAGCGAUGGUCCGACAUUCCUUACCACUUCCGGAAACGAUCUUAAGAAGUGCCAAGGAAAAUGAAUCCGUUGCACCGUGGCUGUUAGCUCAAUCGUCUAAGACAAGCAGCUUUAACCAAGAUUUCGAAUGUAAUCAAGAACUGAUUGACUGUGGACCUGUAGGGAUGCAUCGAAAGUCGCUCGAGGCAGCAGAGCAUCUCAAAUCUGGCGGAGAGGACAGCGGUAACGAUCAAAACGGAAGCGGAAGCAGUCCCAAUCAUAAUCACCAUCAAGGAGGACCAACCAGUUCGGAAAGCGGACAGGAGAGUCAGGAUGGUAUGGGACCUUCAUCAUCUACGAGUGUUGUACAGGAUACAGAGCAACUAAGAAACGAGAGUAUUGCCUGUUUAAGAGCGAAAGCGCAACAGCAUCAGCUACAAUUGAGCCUGCAACCAACAUCGGCACCGCCUGGCGGAUCGUAUCCGUCGGCACCACAAUCCAGCACAUUGCACACCUCGGUUUAAUCACAAUUAUAUACAAGCUCGUCUCUCCUGAUAGUUCCGUGUCCGAUAUUUUUGCUGUUGAUACGGAAGCGCAUCGUCCUGCCCGGCAGACUGUCAUAGGUGAAUCGGCAGCAUCGAUUUCAAAAUCAGUGAUAUUUUUUUAAGGAGUACAUUCGAUGAGGAUCCUUUCAAGGAUCUUACCAUAUAAGGAUCUUACCGGGAUCACUUUUGAGAUUAAUCUCACAGUCAGACUGCAGCGAUCGUUGAUGAUCUCGAAUUGAUUUCCGAUCGAUACGAUUCUGAGAUAAUACUACGUUCCUCGCGCCGUUUUCGCGAAUUUUUGCAACAAUUGAGAUUAUCCGAAUAA